AUGCUGGUAUAUCCACAUAUACAAUUGUCAUUAGGUGCGAAAGGAAUUCCAUCUUAUCCGAAUUGGAAAUAUCGUUUACCAACAACAUUUGAAUUAGCUGAACAAGAACAGGCAUUAUUAAGUAUAACUAUAAAAGAAGGUCUUAAUUCUGUACCAACAACACAAAAAGACAAAAACAAUUCUACUAUACUUUUAUCACCAAGUCUAUUAUUUUACAUUGUUGUUGUCGAUUCAGCUGCAUUAAAAAUGAUAUCCCAAUUAUCUCAAGUUAUACCAGGAAAAUCUCAUGUACAAUUUCCAAUAACAUUUGAACCAACACAAAUUGGUCUUUAUCAACUUUCAUUAUUAUAUAUAAUUAAUAAUUUUUAUCAACAUUAUGUUAAAGUUAUAAUUGAUGUUUAUUUACCAACUGUACAAUUAUCAACAGACAAACUUCUUAUACGUUCAUUACCACAUAUUUUAGCUGAAGAUUCAUUUCGAAAAGUUGUUCAUUUAUAUAAUCCAUUAAAUGCACCGGCGAAAUUUCGUUGGAUACCAAUUAUUGGCUCAAAAGGAACAACAUUUUCAAUUCGUCCAGCAACAGGUCCUUACAGUUUAUUUUAA